UUUUUUUGUUGUUUUGAGGUUUUUUUAUAAUUUUCUUUUUAAAAUAUAAAAAUAAAUACGUUUUCAGUUUUUGAAGAAUUGAAAACUCUUAAAACAGACUAAAAAUAACAAAGAGAACAUGUGCUUACUAUUAGCAUUAUUGUUGAAGAAAGUAGUCAAAGGUUUUUCAAGUGAGAGCUUGAGGUUAUAGUUGUCAUUUUUGGAAUCCCAUGGACUGAUGUAACUUGGCAUGAGGGUGGGCGUUCGUAGCAUCGUUGAGGUUGAUUCUUUGUGACUGAAAGGCAGCAGGUUUCGAGUUGUAAGAAGUAGAACAAUCUCUUUGUAAAGCAAGGGAUAAGGCUGGAUAUAAAGGCAAUCAUCCUCCAACUCUCUCAAAGUGAAAAGUCUUGUGCAGUGAGGAGGCUUUUUGUUUUGUUAUAGCUUGGCACAUCAAAACUAGGCACCCAACAAGGCUCCGGCUUUGGCACAUUGGGAAUGUUCAGUCAUAAUGCGAGUAUUAGGAGUUUGAAACACGAAUGCAAUCUUUUUGCAUGCAGGUUUACUAAAAUUUUUUAAGGAAUUUGGUAGUUAUCGAAGGUCACGAACACUUGUUUAGCUAAAUAAAUAUCAAAAUAUUUAGAUAUUUUGAAUCGCAUAGUCCAGGAAAACUACAUGUGAAAAAGGGCAAAUGUCUGAAUCUGAAUAUUGAAGCUGUAACAGGGUUGAAUAUAUAUAUAUAUAUUUGUCGAGGAAGGAUUGGAUGUAUUCUAACUCUGUAAACAACUGAAUCUGGCUAAAAUAUGGUCCAGGAAUGGAUGUAACUUUCUAUGUGGGGCAUUCUUUAAUAAACCUAAACAAUAUGCAACAACUCAUAGAUGGAUAAUAAUACCUUUAAAAUCUUUCUGAAACUAUAGGUUUUUUUGGUUAUCAUAUUUUUUAUGCCAAUUUGCACAAAUGCUUAAUUCUUAAGCAAUAGACCCACCAAGAUAGGGCAAGUUAAAGUAACAUAUUGGAAGGGACAAAUAACGGUGACACUGCAAAAUUCAUUAACUACUUUAACCAGACAGCUAUCUUGUAUGAGUUGAUUAUUUUAAGGAAAAUAAUCAUAUGCUUACAAAACCUUUGUGUAGAAAAUGUUAUCAGUAUGAUGCAUUGGUGUUAUUUUUGAAAUUAUGAGUCAGUUUACUAUGUUGUUCUUCUCAAUAUAUGGUUAUUCCUAAGUUAUAUCAUUCUAUAUAGAAAUAAAACUUUGUCCGUAUACUGUUAUGGUUACUUUAUUCAUUGUUUUGUUGGAAUCGAAUCUCUAUUUACCUGAGAAUACAAAGUUGGUUGAUGCUGAUACAAAAUGCAAAAAGAUCUUGUUGCCAUUGAAGAACACAAAGUGGGCUCCGAGCUGUGAUCUUGUCACAUUAGAGUUUGGCUAUUCUAUUAUAGGUAUUUUAGUUGUCUGUCAGUAUUGCACUUGAUAUAAUUUCUGCAAGAAAAUGGUAUUUUUAUGAAAAGCAUACAGCCAAGUGAUGUGGUUUUGGAAAGCAAUUUUCUAGUCAUUUUGGUCCAAGUAGGUUUGAACUGUUGAUUCGGCUAUCAAAAUCUCUGAAGCAUUUUGCUAGCUUCCCACAGUUCACACUUCGCCACCAAACUGUGGCUCUCUGUGGACCCACCAGACCAUUUGGGCAUAAGAAAGAAGGCAUUGUCUGGAGCUACACAGCAAUUGUCACAUCCCCUUGUCUGUGAACGUCCUUGCUUCGUACUUGACACUGUCGUCACUCUAUGCCACAUUGCCUCAACUUCUGCUCGGCAUGGACCCCUUGCCUUCAGCCCAAAGCCACUCCACAGAUAAGCUUCAUAAUUGCUGGGUCUUUCUGUUGUGGUGGUAAGAGACCCCUUUUGUAAUCUAUAUCUUUUAGGACCCCUCCAAAAAUAAUAAUAAUAAUAAUUCUUGCAAAUCAAAUUCACAUAAAGAACUUCCUGUUUCCUCACAUGUGGUGGGCCUUAAUGCUUGCCAAAUGGAAUGUUUUAAUGGUAUUAAUUAUAUGUCAUGAUAGCACAUUACGAUACAGUUAAAAGCUAAUUACAUUUCUUACAAGAUGUUAUAUUAAAUUACUUACAUAGUUUUAAAAAGAAAAUUACACACAUCUAACUGAUAUUCUUCAUCAAACACAUGAUCAAUCCUGUGGUUCAAAACGAUCUAAUGGCUGAAAAUGGGGCAUCUCUACCCAUUGAAAGAGAUCAAGAGGUGGAGGGUCUCAAUUCCGACUUUACCAGCUUUUGAAGGGUUUGAAGUUUUUGGGCCAUAUCCUGCCCAUCAGGUGGGAUCCCCAUCAUCCAUGAUGCGGGCCACGCACAUGCAAACAACGAGCACAGUCAGUGGCUAAUUCGUAAAUAACUCCCAAAUUACGGGGCGUUUUUGAAACUGAAAUGUCAAAUCCCUCCUGGGUGUGGUUUCGGUUACCGUAUCCUAAUCCGAGUCCUCGCCGGACUCCCCCUGUACGGAAUAUCUUGAUUCAAAAUGGCAGUCCCGUAAAUAUACUCAACCUUGUUAUUAUUUUAAAAUUAAAAAAGAUAAAAAGUGAUAAGCACUAAGUAAUUAACGCUGUGAGUUCUGAUAAACGAUGAAGCGUUACCCGCUUUGUAGUUAAAUCACAGCCGUUGAUGAACCACGUGGCGGCAUCGAAUCGUAGCCCAGGACAAACAGAAUAUUCCGUGAAAAAUUCCUCCAGAGGAGCCUCGCCGUCUAUAAAUAAGAGUUCUUGCUGUAAAAGAAAGCAAAAGAUAGAGAGAGAGAGAGAGUGAGUGAGUGAUGAGCGAGGCACUGAACAGAGAUUAUCGUGUGUGCGAGGAGAUCGGACGGGGACGAUUCGGCAUCGUUUACCGCUGUUACGAGGCCGGUUCCGGCGAAUCCUUCGCCGUCAAGUCGAUCGAGAAGCGUCUUAUUGCGGAUGACUCCAUCGACCGCCAAUGCCUCUACAACGAAGCCAAGAUCAUGCAACUGCUGUCUCCAAACCCUAACAUCGUCGAAAUAUUCCACCUCUACGAGGACGAGUGUCAUCUCCAUAUAGUCCUCGAGUUGUGCAGCUCCUCCGAUCUAUUCCAUCGUCUGGCGGAGCGAGUUUUUUCUGAGGAAGAGGCGGUCGCCGUGAUGUUGCCGUUGAUGGAGGCGAUCGCGCACUGUCACCGGCGAGGCGUUGCUCAUCGCGACAUCAAACCGGACAAUGUUUUGUUUGAUCAGUGGGGGAGGCUGAAGCUAGCAGAUUUCGGAUCGGCGGAGUGUUUCAAGGAGGGAGAGUUGAUGAGCGGCAUCGUCGGGACGCCGUAUUAUGUGGCGCCGGAGGUCCUGGCCGGACGUGAUUACAACGAGAAGGUUGAUGUGUGGAGCGCCGGGGUCGUUUUAUACAUAAUGUUGGCCGGGAUCCCUCCUUUUUACGGCGAUUCCGCGGCGGAGAUUUUCGAGUCUGUGCUCCGCGCGAAUCUCAGGUUUCCUUCAAGAAUUUUCCACUCGGUUUCACCGACAGCAAAGGAUCUACUGCGAAGGAUGCUCUGUAAAGAUGUUUCCAGAAGAUUCUCCGCGGAGCAAGUACUCAGGCAUCCAUGGAUGACCAGCGGUGGAGAUUCCAGAUCACUGGUUGUUCUGGCCUGAAACCCACUACAAAAGCAUCGAUAUGGACCCUGUGUAUAGGCACCCUGGAUCCUGGUUGUGAACAUAGAAGACUCCCUACCGUACCCCUUUGGUAUAUACCUACUAGAAAAUCUAAUGAUCCUUUGCUGAAAGUUUUGAGGCUUCCAAGAGGUUUUUUUAGCGUAGAGAGAAGAGAGAGUAGGCUACUGCUGCUGGUGGUGGAUAUAUCUUGAGCUUUUUUUCAUCUUCUUUGGUUUGUAGUAAAUGAAUGUACUUUCGACGUAUAUGAAUUUCCAAUUUCCUCGUGGUGUAAUACGCCUUUUUAUCUUUAUAUCCAAGCUACAUGUAUCGAUC